AUGGCACCAAAGAUUGUUCUUAUCACCGGUGGAAACAGCGGAAUUGGCUAUGAGGCUGUUAAAGCUUUGUUCGAGGCUGAAAAGCCUUAUCACAUCUUCAUGGGUAGUCGGUCACUCGAGAAAGCGACCGAGGCUAUUAAGGAGAUCCAAAGCGAAUGCCCCAAGGCUACUAACAAGAUUGAACCCCUCCAAGUCGACCUGACAAGCGAUGAGUCCAUCAAGAGUGCAUCUGAGAAAGUGAAAUCUGGCCCAGGCUACAUCGAUAUCCUUGUCAAUAAUGCGGGUGCAACAUUUGACCUCGAAUACCUCGCCAAUCGAGUCUCUCUCCGCGAAUGCUUCAACAACGCCUAUAAUGUGAAUGUGACCGGAACAAAUGUCAUGACUGCCACCUUCAUACCCCUUCUUCUCAAAUCAGUUGAGCCGCGUCUGAUCUUUGUGACUGGUCUGUCGGCAAUCAACCAAGCUGCAGAGUCAUAUUUCCCCACACCUCCCCAGCCAGCAGGAUGGCCAAAGAAGAUCGAAUUCGAGACAAUUGGUUAUCGGUGCAGCAAGGUCGCCCUGAAUAUGAUGAUGUUAGAUUGGAAUCACAAGUUGAAAGCAGAUGGUGUCAAAGUGUGCUGUGUGGGCCCCGGGAUGUUGGCGACGAAUCUAGGAAAUAUGCGUGAGAAGGCUCUUGCAAUGGGGCUUAAGCACCCAAGUAUCGGGGGCCAGCUGCUCAGAACAGUUGUGGAGGGUGAGAGGGAUGAUUCAAUGGGAAGAAUCAUAGUUCGAGAGGGAGUUAUGGAUUGGUAA